AUGACCGAUGCAGACANACUUGAUUUCGCCGAUGUAUCCAAACCAGGGAAAAGUACGAUGGUGAACGGGUUGGUGAAUUACCUGCUUGGCGUGAAAUGGGAUGAAGAUAGGCGAUUCAAGAUCGAUAUGGCAUUCGCAAUUAGCGGGGAAGAGAGUUAUUCGAGUCAAACUAAAUGGGUCUCAGGAUACACCAUCAAUAAUCCAGAACACGGGAUCAUCACCAUCGUGGACACGCCCGGCUUUGCGGACACGGGAGGCAUGGACAUCGAUGCCUUCAUCCCAGAGCAGAUUCGAACCUUCUUCAGGAUUAAUGACAUGAAGAAGCUAAGCGGGGUAGGGCUCGUCGUCUCGGCAGCCCAGGCGAGGUUAACCCCAGCUGAAAAAUACGUCUAUCAUUCUUGUCUGAAGAUGUUUGGGAACGAUGUGACCGAAAAUCUCUACGUCGUCUUCACCUUCUCGGACUGCAGUGAACCGCCAGCCUUAGAGGCUAUCAAGGUGGAGAACAUUCCAUAUCGGGACUACUUCCAAGUUAACAAUUCCGGCCUAUAUUCCGCUAAUAAGCCGAAAGAGGUCACCAGCUUCGCCAAGCUGUAUUGGGAUAUGGGAGUACGGGGAUUUCGGAAGUUGUGCACCAGUUUGUCUACGAUCACACCAGUCAACCUGGCAUUGACCAGUGAGGUCAUGGCGGAACAAGAUGUUCUGGAUGGUAAAGUCACAGAACUCAAGAUUCAGCUUGAAAACAGUUUUCAGGAAUUGAUUGCCCUGGAGAAAAAGGAGAAGGAGCUUUUGCUGAACCCAUCCAGGUCUAGUAUCAAAAGGAUACUCUGCGAGGCACAGUUGACCCUGACGAGAACUUUGAAUAAUUUAAACGAUUCGUUGCUGCAACUCGACAGAAGCAGCAUGAAAUCCUUGACAAUGACGGUGUUGGAUUAUAUCCAGCUCCACAUCGACGCAGAACUCCAAGAGAGAACGAUUGGCUACAAAGAAAGACUCCGGGUCCUGAAUGAAGCAAAGAUAAAAGCUGAAAAAAUUUGCAGAUCGGAUCGUUCCCCAGACAAGUGGAGGAAUUAUGCAGAACUGCAGGUGCCAAAGAAUAUAAUCCUCCCUAUGAGAGAACUCUCUCGAGAUGACAGACACAAAAUAAACUGGUUUAUUUUGAACAAUUCUUGGGAACCUCGAGAUGGUUUUGGCCGGGUCUUGAUUCUUGUUGGAGCCACUGGAUCAGGAAAAAGCACGAUGGUGAACGGGUUGGUGAAUUUCCUGAUGGGCGUGAAAUGGGAGGAUGGUAUACGAUACGAGAUCGACAUGACAUCCGCAGUUAGCGGGGAAGAGAGGCAUGCAAGUCAAACGAAAUGGAUCACGGGAUACACGAUUGAGAGUUCAGAACACGGGAUCAUUACCAUUGUGGACACACCUGGUUUUGGGGAUACGGGAGGCAUGGACACUGAUGCCUUCAUCCCCAAGCAGAUUCGGGCCUUUUUCAAAGUCAACAGUAUGAAAGAGAUAUGUGUGGUUGGGAUCGUCGUCCCGGCUGCCCCGGCGAGGCUGACUCCUGCUGAAAAAUACGUCUAUCAUUCCUGCAUAAAGAUGUUCGGAAAAGAUGUCACUGACAAUUUCUACGUCAUCUUCACCUUCUCCGACUGUAGUGAACCGCCAGCCUUAGAGGCCAUCAAGGCGGAGAACAUUGCUCAUCGAGGUUAUUUUCAGGUGAACAAUUCUGCUCUUUAUUCCGCCAAUAAACCAAUAGAGGACACAAGCGUCAUCAAACUCUAUUGGGAUAUGGGAGUGCGGGGAUUCGGGAAGUUGUGCACCAGUCUGUCUACGAUCAGACCAGUCAGCCUGGCAUUGACCAGUGAGGUCAUGGCGGAACAAGAUGCUCUGGAAGAUAGAGUCACCAAACUCAAGCUUCAACUUCAAAAGAGUUUCGAGGAACUCGUAGAAAUACAGAAGCAGGAGGGUUCCCUGUCAAAAAUCUGGAAAAAUUUGUCUCCAAAGAUACAGGGAAAACUCCGCGAGGUUCAGCAAACGCUAUCGAAAACUUUGACAGAUCUGAACGAUUCGUUGCUUCGGCUCAGUGAACACAGCACGAAAUCCUCGGCCAUGACAGUCAUGGAUUACAUCCGGCUCCUCAUCAACGUGGAACUCCAAGAGAGAAGGACCGGCUUGAAAGAAAGGCUCCAGGUCUUGAACGAAGCAUUUCUUCUUGCCGAGAAAAUAUGUGAAACGUAUGAAACUUACAAAUCAAGUGAAUUCCAUUGA